UUUGUGGUGAUGCACCCUAAUACUUCGUUAUACGUACAUAUACUACAAUGAGCAAAACAUUUUUGGCAACUCAAGGCAAACGGGCCAACUUGGUAGGUAGUCGACUUGGCGGCUGUGUCAUUGUUGGGCUGGUUGGCCACUUUUGUAUGCUGAUUGCGACUAUUGUUUCGUGUGUUUACGGUUUAUUGGUUUUUCCUUUGAAUUCGUCAAUCAAGUUGGCGAAAUAUAAAUAAAAAAUAUAGCUAAAUAAACACAAAAAUUAAAUGCGAAGCAUAACGCAUAUUCACCGAAAAUCUCAUUUUACAUCACACGUAAAAGAUAAACAAGUUAAGGUCCCACAAAGACCAAAAAAAAAAAAUAGUCAACGAAACAUAAAAGAACAUUGAAAAGUUUGUUUUGGAGACUUAAGAUACAAUAGCGAGUACUAAGAGCGGUAGAAAAAUUAAAUCAGCUCAAUAAAUAAGUAUCUAAAGUACAUCGAAAGACUGUUGCCAGCUUUAGAUUUGAAUGCCUGCAAAACUGAGAUGUUAAAAUUUCAUUACCAUAGUAAAAGAAAAUUCAAAGUUUCCGCACAACAAAAAUAUUCAACAAGAAUGGGCGAAGCUGCUGCCCUGUGGUGUCUGCUGCUAGUGCUUUGUGUGACGAUACAGCUCAAUGGUGCGCGAGCUCAAUCGAAUUAUGUGCAACAAGGCGACAGCGGCAACUACACAACAAACGGCUUGCCCGAGGAGGCAACACUGGACGGAAAGGUCACAAAACUGGAUGAUAUUAGUCCGCUGAUAUUUUUGAAUCGCACAAAAGCAGCGUUAAAUUGUGCGGCCGGCUCAAUGCAGGUGGAUAUGAAAUUUAAUGAACCUUUCCAUGGCAUCAUACAAGCCGAUUAUGAUCGUAGUAGCGCAUGUCGCGUCAGCGGCAAGGGGGCACUUAGUUAUAGAUUGGAGUUGCCACUCAAAGGAUGUGGAACUAUACAGAAUCCUACACGCGUAUUCACCAACAAUAUUAUCGUUCGCUUCCACGCCAAUCUGGAAAUGGAUGGCGAUGAGAUUAUUACGAUCGUUUGUCGUUAUCCACCGCCCAUACCAUCACUGCCGCCAGCUUUACCGGCGCCUAUCUUAAAUCCCAUUGCCACUGGCUCAGUGCUGCAGCCUCCACUUAAAGGUAUACAGCUACUUCUCAUCAUUUGCGCCAUCAUGUUCCUGACAUUACUCUUACUUGGUUUGGCUGUUUCAUACUAUUGUCUGCGCAGCCGCCCAAUACCGGUCGUCCGCCGUCUUCCAAUGUCCAUGGGAAGUGGUUCGGAAAUCACCAAGCUUAGCGGCAGUAGCAUGGGUAAUAUAAGCGCCUUUGAAGGCGUUAAAAUACCACGCGCUAUUGUGCCCAUAGCGGCUGUGCAUAGCUCCUCGGGUAGCGAGGGUGCGCUCAUACCUUCCGACUACCCCAGCGAAUCACAUUCCGAAAUCGAAGAAAUCGAUACGAGAUCACUGCCCUUUAGCUCCGCAGGUAGCUUUGAAAAUCGUGCAUUUGUUCAAGAGACUUCCAGCAUUUAUAGCGAUAACUAUGGCCAUACUCAGGAGGUGCAGGCUGCCAAUGCACUGGCCACCUCAGUGCCUCGUCACCCGAUUGCCGUCAAGGAGUCCUCUUCACCCAAGUUCGACGUGCAAGUGCGUGUCAAGAAGUCACCGCCACCACCUCCGUCGCCUGUUACCUCGGACACCGAAAGUGUCGCCACACUCCGCCCAGAUCGCAACAAUCUUUCGACUAUUAUGGAGACACAUGAAGACCGUGAAAGUAUUAUGACAAUGGAUUCACUGCCAGCACAGAAAGAGACUGUACACAGUCAGUUCACUUAUGUUCCUGAAUUGCAUGCGGCACCGAAGCACACUGUGGAAGUGACGCCACCACCACCACCAGAACCCGUGUUCUCUGUUUAUGCACGCACACACCACGAAAUGGUCGACGGCCGUCCGGAGACUUGGUCAGACUUUACGGAUGCACCGACGGUCAGUGAGGUAACGGAUAUGACUUCCGAGGCACCUGAUAUACACUCGGUUGGUGAAAUGGUCGAUAGCACGCACUUCUUCGAAGCUGAGUACCUGCCACGUGAACCGCCGAUUGUGGUGAAAAAGCCACAGGUCACAUCGCAUACUGUGGACGACGUGUAUUUGCGCACCAUUACGGAAAAGAAAACGAUUGAAGAUAUUGAGAGCCAUAAGCGUCGUGUCACCGAAUACAAGGCGAAGCCGAAACCAUUGCCACCACCAAUUCCAGAUCCAACCUGGGAUGUUAAGAUACGUAAUUAUCCGACCGAACGCGAGCAGCAACGGUGGGAGAACUUCUCGGAUAUUUCAAGCGCAUCCGGCAUGACGCUAACGCCAAAGAUGGAGCGCUCUGAACUAAGCUUGCCAAUUGUGCCCCAAGAGCCGCCACAACAAAUCUAUGACAACAAAGAAAAGCUGACCAGUCCGCAGCUAGUGGGCAAUAUGAAACCGAUUGAAAUGCCCCCAGAAGAUAAGGCGGUGCCCAAUUGGGAUGUGCUGAUACGUAUCUUGGAAGAGCCAGAGUUCUCCGAGGCUGAUGACGCCAGUUCGGUGCAUUCCAGCGUACACCCGCUCACACGCUACAUCAGCUAUGACGAUAAGGCCAAAUGGAAAGAUAUAAUCACAACCGAAUCGUCAUUGCGUACUAUGCUCACGGCGGCAGUUGUGCGCGAAGACUUCGAACGUAUUCGUCAAGACACACGCUACGAGCGCAUCUUUGAACCACAAACCUGGGAUGUUAUCAUCCGUAUAUUGGCGCCACCUGUCGAUGACGAUACGGAUGUGGAAAUGCGCGCACCCAAACGCACAAAGAAAACACAACCGUGGGAUACUCGCUCGCGUCGCAGCUCUUUGCCAACUUUGUACGAAUAUGACAGCGAUGGCGGUUCGUCUGUGCGCACUAUACGCCAAGAUCCCAGCAUGCCAUUACGUGAUAAUAGUUUCAAUAUACAACGUUCGCGUCGUUCGUCACGUACAUCGUAUCACACCGAUCAAAAUGAUUUACGUUCAAUGUCCGAGGUAACGGUAGACUUUGGGCGACCCGAUCACUUGGAUAACGUUUCGGAUGCGAGCUCAUUCUAUCCAACGCAAUACUACGAUGAUGAGGAUAGACGCUCGUUCCAUCGUUCGGUUAGUCAUCCGUCACUAGCACGAUCGGCUAGUGAAUUCACCGAGCACUGGGCAGCACCAGAUGAGCUUUCAUCACCGGAAGCUACGCCCAAAUCGCGUCGUUCACAGCGAUUGACAACAUUCCAGCCGCGUAUACCGGCGCCCCCGCCUCCACCACGCUCCGGUCAAAUUGUAGCGCAAACACAAAGCCAAUACGUAGAGACACGUCGCAGUACAACAUUCCACACCGAGAACGAGGCUACGCGUUCACGUGACUGGUAAACGUGACGAUAAAUUUAACCAAGCAGAUGUGUCAACGCUCUCGAACAUGCUGUGUCCGGGCUGCAUGCGUUUUUACGUGCAUAUGUACGUACGUACGUACGUAGGU